CAAGCUUGCCUACACAAACUUGGUUUUUUGAAGAUCGCGACUGUCGGCUUCAGCUACCCAACAUGAGCUUCUGGGCUCCUGUUGAUUGUACGGAUAUGAAACUCUUGGUGCCUAUCGACGUCAAAGCUCCAAAGUCUUGCCUCUUAUUCACCUCAUUUCAAAUUUUUAGCUUUCCUGGGCCAAGCCCGCAGUGAACUAGCAUCUCAACUAGCAAGACAUUAGGAUUUUGACUUUAUUCAACUUAAUCUCAAUCAUCAUGUCGUCUUCACCGAACGUAGCCGCGAACAGCCUUCCGUUUUUACAUUAUGCGCCGCUGAAAUGCGAGAGGUCAAUUCGCAUAGUCAUUUUGAGUCCGUCAACUGAGUUGGAUGAUCCAAUUCAAUGCGAGUUGAGAGAGGUACGACUCGGAAGCUCGUCGCAGCAGACAACACCAUAUGAAGCGCUCUCGUACGUCUGGGGAGGGAGACGUGGCGAGUACCCGAUUCAUUGCAACGGUUGCCGCGUUGAAGUCACGAAGAACUGUUUAGGGGCUUUGCGUCAUUUGCGGUAUCCCAAUCGAGAACGUGUGCUCUGGAUUGAUGCAAUCUGUAUCGACCAGUCCAGUAUUCCGGAGAAAAACGUCCAGGUGGCGUUAAUGGGAGACGUUUACAGAUUCGCCGCGCGCACAAUUGUUUGGAUUGGUACGGAUGAGUCCCCCGAUAACUUACUGCUCCUCUUGUUUCGACGAUGCAGAUGGGUGGGACUCUUGCUGAGAGCUUCACCGGAAGCAGAGCGCUCGACACCGCGACUCCCAAGCAGGAAUGUCUUGAAGGCCAUCGAGCUUCUAACCAAGGUCCCUUGGUUUACAAGGACAUGGACGCUGCAAGAACUGUGCUUAUCUGAGCAUGUGGUUAUCACGCUAGGAAAGUCUUCCCUUUCUUGGGAAUCUUUGAAUGCGUGUCUCAAGCACUGGACCACUCUCGCGGGUCGCAAAUUUGGGCACCGAACAAGCGAGUUUGAUCUAGUCAAUCUGGCAGACAGCUUUGGGAUGAAGAUGAAUUAUCGUUCAGCCUUACUUGGAGAGAAGCACGAAAACUCGGAUAUCCCAAAGCUGGCCUCUGCAUAUCUCGCAACCCGGUUGAUAAAGACGAUCAGAAGGAGAAACGCAAUGGACAAACGCGACCAGAGCUUUUCCCUCCAUAACCUUCUCGGAAGACUCGGUAUCAGUGUGCCGAAUCCGGAUUACACGAAACCCGUCACCAGAGUAUAUGAGGACCUCGCAUUGGCCCUCUGCCUUCAUUCGGGUUCAUUUUGGGUUUUGCAUAUGGGGUCUAGCGAAAACAAAGUAAACGGACUGCCGUCGUGGGUCCCAGAUUUCAGCGAAGUCAGUCCCGGAGGUUUUAAAGAUCAGUGGGACUUGCUUUCGAAUCCUCCAGCGAUUAUUGCUGAAGAAGUCUUGGCAAUUGGAGUUUUACAAAGUGGCCGCAACACUGAACAAUUAUUAAUUAGGGCUCGGCGACUGCCGCCUGUGACGAUGACGAGCGGAUCCCGUAUACCAAACGCACGGUACCUUUCCACGACUGUAAACUAUGGCGAAGAUAUCAAAAACCUAGUUCUGCCCGCAGUAGCUAGGUGGUUCCUCUUUGCUGAGAGCCUGGAGUUCUUUCCCUCUCGAAGACGUGGGGCUGAAGCCUUGCUUGCUCUCAUUGCGAGUUUAGUAACCAAAAAGACAAACGAUGAUGAAUUCAGACCCAAGGCGGAUAUCACACAGACUUGGUGGGCAAACUUCUACAGAGGACUCAUGAUGGGUUUCACUACCGAAGGACAACGGUCGACAACGAAACUCCUCAAGUCCGGUUCUCGGCGUGGACGAUGCGGGAGCGCACACAGAGGCUGCGAGGGACCCAAUGCACAGUCCAUUGGCUGGUCAAUGAUGAACGAGAAUAUGACAGACAUUGACACAACGUCUAGCGUCUUGCUGGCUUGUCAGGGCCUGAGUCUCUGCCUGGUUGGCCAGGGCAUGCUCGCAGUGUGCGACGGCCAAGUCCAAACCGGUGACGUGCCAGUAGUCGGGGCCGGGUUAAUGGAAGAGCUGAUUCUCCGACCACGAGGCGAGGAGUUCGAAGUGGUCGGAACUGCUCGUAUCCUGAACUUCGAGGAUGACGAAAUCCCAAAGCCGUUUUCUGGCUUGGACGAUGACAGGUUGGAGACUUUGACUUUAGUCUAGGGGGCCGCUGUCGAUUAAGCCCUGCUUCCCCCCUCCCCCGCCAUGGGCUGAUCAUUUCACGGAUCGGAAUUAGACCAUAUAAAUGCCCUGUUUAAGGAAACAAAGCCUGUGCGAGUUGUGAAACGAAAACGAGAGAGAGUUGAGACGGUC